AUGCCUCCCAAGCGCAAGGCUCGUGGAGGCUUUGUCAACGACGGAAACAGACCCUCCCCUCAUCGACCUGGGGAUACUGCCAUGGGCCAGCGCGACAGAGACUUCUCCGAGGGUGGUGGAAGAGGCGGUCGUGGUGGCAGACACGCGAGAAGGAACGAUCGUCGAGACUCAACACAGGGUCAGCAAGGACAGCAGGGACAACAAGCACAACAGGUACAGCAGCCGGCGACGAGCUCUGCAAGCGCCUCCCGCGUCACGUCUCCAACUAUCGCGCGUCCGCCCUCUGCAGCAUCGCAGUCGCAGCCGCAGCCGCAGUCGCAACCGCCGCCUCCGAUUUCAGCAGAUCAGCCUGCCGCCCCGAUAUCUCAUCCGCCGUCCCUGGUGCCAACCAGCUACUGUUACGAACACAUCACUGACGAUGCCAUCGUAUCAUGGACGGCAAGUCGCAGACAAGAAUUGAUAGAGCAUGCGAAACAAUCAAAGAUAGAUGUCGACAUUGAAGAACUAACUAGCAUUUACCAAGAAUUCAUUCAUGCAGUCUUGGAGGGCCGACUGUCGCCCGCUGAUGCUGGCGGUUGUAUGAAAGAGAUUCUGGGCCAGGAAUCGCAAGAAAUGAUUAAGGAGUCUUUCUCGUUCGAGCCUCACACUCUCUUUCUCGACACGCUAUCCAUCAUCUUCGACAAUGAUCGAGGUCUUUUCAAGCCCCAGCUCCGCGAUUUCAUUCAAUGCACUGGCAUCGCUCCCUCACUUCUGCGCCAGGUCCUUGAUGCCCAGUUAUUGCAGGAUCUCGGCCUUAUCCGCAGCACUUUUGUCAAGCUUGGCAUUAGACAUGCCACUAACCUCCUUUACCGACAGGCAAACUACAACCUGCUGCGUGAGGAAACAGAAGGUUACUCGAAGUUGAUGACGGAGCUUUUCACCACCAGUAGCUCAGAGCCCCCUACUGCCGAAGCAGCCCAUGCAGCAUUUGAACGCCUGAAGGGGUUAAUCGGAACCUUCGAUCUGGACGUGGGCCGAGUACUUGAUGUUACUCUCGAUGUAUUUGCAGCCGUCCUCAUCAAGCAGUUCCGGUUCUUUAUCAAGCUGCUCCGCGUGAGCUCCUGGUGGCCUCGCAAUUCAAACUCCACAUCGUCAAUUUACGUGGGCGGCCUACCCCCUUGGGCUCUGCCCGAAUCGUCACAUUGGAUGUCCAGCGAUGAGUCCGAAGCAGACGCCGCUGAGUUGAGACGUCAACGAGAUGUUGACUUCUGGAACAGGGCCCGGGAGGCCCAUCUGGAUGCUUUCUUUCAACUUGGAGGAAGAGAGGUCACGGAUCAGAAUCUUCAAUUGUUAGAUGCCUCCGAGUCCACUACCGAAGCUGAAGUCAAUGCUGCUUCGGCGUGGAUCAAGGCAACGAAGACGCUCCCCCCGCCAGGCAACCGCACUGCUGCCCAGUUGCUUGGCUUCAAGUUACGCUUCUACUCUUCUGACGCCAGAGAUAUCGACGACGUCUUGCCGGCCAACCUGCUAUAUCUUGUCGCCCUUCUUAUCAAGGUCGGCUUCAUGUCUUUGGUGGACAUUUACCCUCAUCUUUGGCCACUUGAUAACGACAUGGAGUCCCUAAGAGAGAAGCGGAUGAAAGAACUCGAGGAAAAGGAACGACAAAGUCGACCCGGUGCAGCACAAAAUGCACUUCUCAUGGCAGGUGCACUGCCCGACGACACACCCUCUCUGCCAAAUACACGCGUGCGAGACGCUACUGGCAAAACCGAGGCGGAAUCCAAGACGGAAGGCGGCGAGGAUGAGAAGGAGAAACUGCCAGAACCCAUGGAGCAGAAGGCGGCGUUGCUCAUCUGCUUACUGACGAUUGGCGCCAUCCCGGAGUCUCUUUUCAUUCUCGGCCGCUUUCCUUGGCUUCCAGAAGCAUUCCCCGAAAUUUUGGAUCGAAUUCAUCGUAUCCUCAACCACAGUAUCGAGAAGGUCUACCAAGAAAGCCGACCGACCGCCAUCUGCUCGGUCGAAUGCCCCUCCAAGAAUGUGGCAGAUGUCGACCAGAGUGGCGUGCCCAAAGGUAGUAUCAAGCUCACCAACACUCCUACCAAGAAGUCCAUGCGGUGGCCCUUCCCUGACGGAUUUGACGGAAGAGAUCAACAUUACCGUUUCUACUGGGAUGAGUGGGCCGACAAUGUGCCCGUUUGUCAGAACGUAGAGGACGUUUUUACUCUGUGUGACACCUUCUUGAACAUCUCUGGCGUGAAUAUUGGCAAGGACUCUGCACUAUUAGCAAAGUUUGUCAGUAUCGGAGCCAAGAGUCUCGGGGAGGACUGCUCUCAGCAGAAUCUUGACCGCUGGCAAGAACUCCUUCGACGUGUUCUAGUCCCUGCUCUCAGCAUGACAACGGCGAACGCGGCAAUUGUCAACUCUGUUUGGGACCUUCUCAAGCUCUACCCCGUGACAACCCGAUACUCGAUCUACGCCGAAUGGUUCGAAGGACAGAUAUCUAGGUUGCCUGCAAUGAAGGCAGCAUUCGCGCGAACCCGCAUCGAAACGAGAGGUGUAAUGAAGCGUAUUUCAUUGACCAACCUUAGCGAAAUGGCCAAGUCUUUGGCCAAAACCAGUUACUCUUCGCCAGGUAUCGUUUUCAAGGAGGCCUUAAGCCAGAUUGAAUCUUAUGCCAAUCUUAUCGAGGCGUUUGUCGAGUGCGCCAAGUACUUCACUGACUUGGCUUACGAUGUCUUGGUAUGGUCAUUGAUGAGCUCCCUUGGUGGCAAACAGCGCAGCCGUACCCAAGAGUCAUCUAUUCUGUUGACUAGUAAAUGGCUCCAAGCUCUAUCUAAAUUUGCCGGCAAGGUCUUCAAACGGUACUCCAUUUUGGAUCCCACCCCAAUCCUUCAAUACGUCAAUGAUCAGCUUUUCCGAGGCAACUCAACCGACCUGAUCAUCCUGAAGGAGCUCGUGGCUUCCAUGGGUGGUGUUGUUCAAGUUCUUGACUUUACUGACGAACAGAUCCUUGCCAUGUCGGGAGGAGAGGUACUGCGCCGGCAAACACUGCUCGGCCUUCAAGACAAGAGGUUCGAAUCAAGCCGUAGCGCCAAACGUCUAAUGCAAUCCUUGAACGACUCAAAACUUGCUGGUCGCCUUCUCAUCAACGUUGCCCAAUAUCGACAGUCAGCCAUCUACAAGCUUCCGGACGAUGAGGCCCACAUCAAGUACAUUGGUUCUGUUAUCGACGAUAGCCAUCAGAUCUUGGUUCAGUACCUUGACCUUCUAAGAACCAAUCUCGAACCUCAAGAGUUUGACUCGCUUGUACCCGCCAUCGUGCGGCUAAUGGACGAAUUUGGUCUCGAUGCAAGCUUGGCGUUCCUCAUCGGCAGAGAGAGCGUUUCCCACAACAUGUUCGCAAAGAAGCAAAGCGUGCCGGCAACCAUUGCAGAUACCGAUGGUGAUGUGUCUAUGGCGCAAAGUGCAACUGAAGCAACUGAAACCACUGGAGAGGCCAGCGAGCCCGAAGAAAAGUCGCUUACCCCCCAGGAGGUUCGGGAGAAGGGGAAGAAGGAUGCCAUGCGCCAAAUUCACGAGGCUCUGGAACCUCUUGUCGCAUCGAUUCAAUCCAUCACUCCAGCUUCCUCUUGGAGCAAGCUCAGCCCCGAGUUUUACGUCCUGUUCUGGGCUCUGCAGCUUGGUGAUAUCGAAGUACCCGCGGCGAGCUACAACAAUGCUCACAAGAGAAUUACGAAUCUGCAAAAAGACCUCAACAGAGAUCGCUCGGACAUGAGCCGAAACGGCAUCAACAAAAAGGAAACCAAGAAAGCCGAGCUUCAGAAAAUCAGCAACGAGCUUCCCAAGGAGGCGGACUUGCAGAUGAAACGAGCGCGUGUCGUUCGAGACUAUAUGUCCGACCAGAUGGAUACUUGGUUCACAGGAUCAAUCACCAAGUUGAACGGCGUCUCAGAUGCGAUCCUCGAGCAAUGUUUGCUUCCUAGGCUGGUGCUCUCCGCUAGCGACGCCGAGUACUCCUACGCCCUGAUCAAGAAGCUUCACAGCUUUGGCGCACCUAACUUCCGAUUGAAGGCGUUAUACGACAGGAUCUUCAAUGUAAAUCGACUGCGGUCGAUGAUCUUUACCUGUACUGUCCGCGAGGCUGAGCAUUUUGGAAGGUUCCUUAACUGCAUCUUGAAAGAUCUUGCCAAAUGGCACCGAGACACGAAUACUUUCGAGAGAGAAGCUGUCGGCAAGCGCAGCAGCCUCUUGGGAUUUGCGUCCGACUUUGAUGAGAACGGACAGCCGCUGUCAUACUAUGAUCAUGCGCAGUUUCGAGACAUCCUGUACGGGUGGCACAACAAGCUUAAUCUGGCUCUGAAGUCUUGCCUUGGCGGUAUGGAGUGGAUGCAUAUUCGUAAUGCCAUAACAGUCCUCAAGGCCGUUCUGGAGUUCUUCCCGGCCGUUACCUUCAUGGGCAACCAAUUCAUCGAGCAGCUCAGGACCAUUACCGACCGCGAGGCGGCAUCAAAGACUGCAACUGCUGAUGAGGAGGGGCACCGUGUCGAUCUCUCGGUCGCCGCCCAAGGUGCAUUGUCCGAACUACAAAGAAGGAAAGCGAAAUGGGUGUUGCCAGCUGGCUUCCGCCCGAAUAUGAAUGGGCAAGCCCAAGGGAAAACCAGGGAUGGUGAAGCUGGCUCUCUGGCACUUCGCCCAACUGCUACCGAGUUCAAGCCUGGCUCAGUUAAGAACGCGACUGAACAAGAAGAUGGUGAGGUUAAGGACGGCAAGGACGCUGAACCUCAGCCUUCGCCAGCUUCAUCGGCACCAGCUACUGUUGGCCAAAAAGAUGCCAACCUCCCCCCCAAACCUUCUGGUGCUCAGAGAGAUUCAUUCAAAUCAGGUGCUGGACCUGCGGCCAACUCUGCUGCAUCAAGCAAACCAUCAACACCGAAAUCAUCAGCUGGUGCCCAGUCGGCAAAUAAUUCAAAUCCCCGAGACAAUUUCAAACAUAACGCCUCAAACGCGGCCUCGGACAGAAAUGCCCACAGCUUGCCUAAACGGCCAGACGUACCCAUCCCAGGCCAUUACCGCAACCACUUUACUCCUGAGAACCUGCCGGAGCGCCGCGACCAAAGAGAUGGGCGCGAACCUCGUGGCCCUAGAGAUGCAAGAGACUCUCGCGAACCCCGGGAUCAUAGGGAUCAACGAGAGCCCAAAGAUCCUAGGUUCCCUGAGCCUGCUCGACCCGAGCGCGGCCGCGAAUAUGCCAACCAAGAUAGACGUGGCCCUGACGUCGCCUCCAGAGACCCUGGUCGUUUGUCCGAGAAGGACUGGCCUGCGAGACAGGAGCCUCUUCCUCGCCGCGACCACAGUGCUCAUGAACGUGAUGGCCGCCCCCCGCGCGAUAGACAGCCUCCGGCCAACGGACGUGGGUCCGAAUCAGGCCGACUUUCUCGGGAAGCUGCAAACUCGACGCCUCCGCCUCAAGCGACGCAACAGCCACCAGAAGAGCCACCCAUCAAUUCCGCCAGACUUGCUCUAAUUCAGGGUGAACAACCGGAAAGAUCAAACCGCUCAGAGAGACCACCACGGUCCUCUGAGACAGACCGACGGAGUGGUAGGGGACCACGUGGAGGUGACCCGGAUCGUUCUGACAUAAUUAAUCCGGAGCGUGCUGCCUUGAUUGGUGAAACACGAACGGAGCCCCCAGCACGUCCUGCACGAGAUGAGGCCAGAGACAGAGGAACACCCCGUGGACACUCGCCGAGGAGAAGCGGACGUUUCAACCCGGAUACGCCUGAUGCCGGCAGAGAUGACAGACAUGGCCGGUCCCACCAUUCAGAUCACCGAUCCUCGGCAAGAGAAAUGGCCAACGACUUGCCUGCGAUGAACCCUAGAAACGAUCGCCCUGCUGACCGGGAGGGCGAUCGGUUUGGGCCAGACAAAGGCAGAGAAGCGUUCCUCGGCCCGAAUCGAGGCCCAGAGUCUGACCACAAUCGUCAAGAUCACAAUUACGGACGUCUGAAUCCCAUACAGUCUGUAGUUACCAACGAUCCACCUUCAGGACCACGUGGUCGCGGACGGGCAGCCGCAAGAGGCGGCGCCAUGAACACUCCCAACUCACGCGGCGAUGGACGCUUUACCAACACUGAUAGCCCGGCGCCAGACGAGAGGCACCCUCCUACUGGGCCUGCUUCUGGCAGAGGCCGUAGGAACCAGUAUGAUUCGAAUCAGUCUCUCAAUUCGCCAACGGCUGCGACUCCAACGCCUGCCACACAUCCAGAUCGCGCUCGGGCCCUAAAUUCUGGCCCAGCUGGCUCGCCAAUGCCACCUGCUUCUGGAGGCCCAUCAGGUCCCGGUGUUCAUCCAGACCGGCUAGCUCAAAUUGCACCACCCCCGCCCCCGCCUCCUCCAGGACAGCCAUCAAACCACGGCCAUUCUCGGCCGCCUUUGCCACCUCUCAACACCCCAGACCGCCCGAUGGGGGGUCCGGGAGGGAACAUAAGGACGCCUACUGGUAACUUCCCCGGUCCUAUGGACGUGGGCCCGCCUUCUGGACCAGCAUCAAACGACAGGGGCCGUAGCGGUGGCAGUCGCAGGCAACUUGCAGGCAUCAACAACACCUUACAACAAGCGCAAGCCACCAUGCCGGAGUCUAACCGCAGCACCAACAUAAGAGGCCGUGGGGCAGCUCGUGGUAGCAUCGCCGGCUCCGACGCCCAGGUUCUGACGGGCGCAUCACCCAUAUCUACACCAACGCAGGAGCGCCCUGACCCCGUCCGGCAAGAUCGCGUUCAACCCAACGGAGACGACCAAAUGCAAAAUGAGCAUAACCGUAGCCGACGAGAACACCGCUCGGAUCGCGGUCGACAAUCUAGACGAGGCAGUCGCGAACGUGAACGCAGUCAAGAGCGCGAGAGAGAUCCGAAGGAGCCGCGUGAGUACAGAGACCGAAGAUCCGGGGCCCAAGGGCAUUCCAGCAAUCGGGAGGAGCGCGAACCAAGACGAUCAGGUCGGGAUCCUUCUGGUAGUACCAGUGAAUCCCAUUCAAAUGCGCCACAUGGCAGCAACCGUGAGAGCAUGGGAGGAAGUGGGCGCGAGCAGCGUCACCGCAGUGAUCGCGGCGAGGGAGGACGUGGAGAGGGUGGUUCAGGUGGUAGAAAUGAAGAAUGGAGUGGAAACACGCGUGGUACGCCUAGAGGAGGACAUCGUGACGGCGGGCCGAGACAGAACGACGAUCGACGUGAGCCGCGAGAGGAACGCGGCCGGAAGCGUAGGAGUGAGGAUGCUGUUGGUCUUUCGAACGAUCGCGAGAAGAGGCAGAGACGCUAG